AUGAGCGACCUUUCCGGCCAAAGAUGCAAGCCAACCUUCUUUGGCAUGCACGCCAAAGUGUGGGAUUCGCCAGCUACGAUCGAGUGGGCUGCAGGCCCCGGCACUGUAUCGUACUGUACCCGGUACCUUGUCGUCCUUGUUGGUGCUGGUGCCCUGGCGAGCGCCCUGUCCGCCCACCAAUGCAGUCACCUUCCAGUUCACCCUUCAAUUCUCAAUGCACCCACAGAGUCCACUUUCCAGACGGGCACCCCAUCGAGCGGAACAGAGCGUGGAGACUGCGCUAGCACCAGGUACCGCGUACCUGCUUGCUAG